CGGGCCGUCAUCAGCUGUCCACCACAACAACAACAUGACGGACCUCGGCCAGCAGCUCCUCCACGCCCUGGCCCGCGACGGCUGCCUCGCCUCGCACACCUUCGCCGCCGCCACCGGGGAGGACCACCAGAGGGUCGUGGGCGCCAUCAAGUCCUUGGAGUCGCUGGGAAACGUUGUGUUAGUAAAGCAGACCACUAGCAAGUCAUGGGAGUGCACGGAGGAGGGCGCCAGUCUGGCCAGCGAGGGCUCCCACGAGGCUCGUCUCUUUGCCUCCCUUGGCAAGGAAGGCCGUUCCCUGGCUGACAUUAAAGCUAACGUACCUAAUUCAAACAUAGCACUCGGAGCUGCAAUGAAGAACAAGUGGGUGAAGAAGGAGGGGGAGAAGGUGGUCCCAGCUGUAUCAACCAUCAAGGAUGAGGUGCAGCUCCACCUUCAGGCAGUGUCUCAAGGAGAAGCACACACUGUGCCAGAUAAGGUCAAGGCAGACUACAAAAAGAGAAAACUUAUAAAGGAGAUUGAGAAGACAGUGUUUGAAGUAACCAAAGGAAGCGAGUUCACCACCUCAGUUGUCAAGCAAGAAGCUGAGUUGACCAAAGACAUGAUUGAGAGUGGGCAGUGGAAGAACACAAAUUUCAAACCAUACAACUUCAAAUCUAAAGGUCGUGUGGAGCUGCGGUCUGGCCACCUCCACCCUCUAAUGCAACUCCGGUCAGAAUUUAGGAAAAUCUUCUUGGAAAUGGGCUUCACUGAGAUGCCUACCAACAACUAUGUGGAGAGUGCCUUCUGGAACUUUGAUGCCCUGUUCCAGCCACAGCAGCAUCCUGCCCGUGAUGCUCAGGACACCUUCUAUGUGUCUGACCCAGAGACCUGCUUGGAAGUGCCUGAAGACUACUUGGAACGAGUGAGGAAGACUCACACUGAGGGUGGCUAUGGGUCUAUUGGCUACCAGUGCAAGUGGGACAGGGCUGAGGCAGACAAGAACCUGCUGCGCACCCACACAACAGCUGUCAGCGCCCGGAUGCUGCACAAGUUGGCUCAGGACGGGUUCAAGCCAGCCAAGUACUUCUCCAUCGACCGCGUGUACCGCAAUGAGACACUGGACGCCACCCACUUGGCAGAAUUCCACCAGGUGGAGGGAGUGGUGGCUGACCACAACUUCAGCAUCAAGAACCUGAUGGGGGUCAUUGGGAGUUUCUUCAAGAAGAUUGGCAUGACAGAUCUUCGCUUCAAGCCCACCUAUAACCCUUACACAGAGCCUUCAAUGGAAAUAUAUAGUUACCACAAAGGCCUCAAGAAGUGGGUUGAAAUCGGCAACUCCGGCCUGUUCCGCCCAGAAAUGCUGCGGCCAAUGGGGCUGCCAGAAAGCGUCAAGGUUUGCGGCUAUGGGCUGUCUCUUGAGAGGCCUGCGAUGAUCAUGUAUGGCAUCAACAGCAUCAGGGAGCUUGUGGGUCCUCGUGUCAAGAUGGAACUGAUCCUCGAUAACCCAGUCUGCACCAUUGACAAGUUUAGGGGGACUGGAGGAGAGCCGCGUGGAGCCCCCUCAGUGACUGCCCUGAGCAAGAGGCAGGAGCUAAUUUUAGACAAGCUGUCAGCCCUGCAGGCCAAGGUUGCCAGCAUUGCCUCUAAAAUGGGUGUCACACUGGAGGGUACUGUCCAGGCUGUCACUUCUCAGCUCACAGGCGGCUCUCAGCCCGGGAGGUUACAUGAUGUGGUGGUGUAUGCAGAUCCUCGCCGGCCACCCUACAGCCUCCGGGCCCUGGCAGCAGCACUCUCUGCUGAGUUACCUCUGUGCCUCCGGGUCCACUGCCACUCCUCCGUGAAGGAAAUCUCUGAGAAGCUGCAGCAAUUCUGGGGCGCUGGAGGUGGUGCCGAGCGCAGCCAGAGUCAAGUCUGCAUCACCCUGGUUUGGAGGCAAGAGGGGGACUCUCCUGCUGCCCUCCUUCCCAUACUGUCAGUGUCACCUCUUUCUGCCACACAGGUGUCGGGUGAACACAACAUUGCACGAUACUUGGCCAGGCUGGUAGAGGCAAGCUCUGAGCACCCCAAGUACCACCUCUAUGAGAGAGGCGCCUCAAGCCAUGUUGAAGUCACAGAAGUAGAUCACUUGCUGGACCAAUAUCACACAAGACUAGUUCUGGGCAGCAAUAAAGAGCGGGCAGGAUACCUACGGGAGGUGGAUGGUGGACUGGCUAGGCGGCAACCAUUCCUGGUAGGAGAAACAUUCACAUUGGCUGACCUGCUGCUACUUUCUGGGCUGGUGCAGCUGCGGUUAUUAGAGUCAGCUCCUCAGAAUGUGCAGCGGUGGAGUAAAUUUUGCUUAUCACAUCAUUUAUGUAAAAAUUUUAUCUAAAUUAUAUUUAAUGGCAGUCAACUGUGAUGACCUAUGAUAACCAUUCAUUUGAUCCCAACAGGAAGCCUGUAUAAUUAUGAAGGUGAUCAUAUCCAACAUGUAUUCCAUGAUACCAUUGUAUUUUGUGAGAAAUAUGAUUUAAAUAAUAUUGUAUAACUGCAUGUUAAUGUUCUGUAUCCCACCACACUGAUCACAUACUUAAAUACUUAACUAGGAAAACCUAAUCCAUUCCAGACAAAGGAGUUUUCCUCCCUCAGUUUUAGCAACUUAGAAAAUCUGAUUUAUUAUGACGUUACUGGAAGGUGUAAUAUACCUGAAUUUUUAAUUUAUUUAAUGAGUGCAUCAUGCAAAUAAAAUGUUGCAAUAAGCAAAGUGAAUAAAA